AAACAUCGACAGUAUUUUGGAGGAGGUUUUAGAUGUAUCCCAGAAAUCAGUGUAUUUCAAAGAAGAUGUUGAAUUGGCUGUAGACCUUCACGAGAAAAUGGUGCCACUUGUAUCGAAAGUGUCGGCCAAUAUAACUUUGAACCACACACUUCGUAGUAUCAACAAUUUGUUAAACAUACCAGAGGAGGUUCUGGCCGAGACAGAACAAGAGAAUAGAAGUGCCAACAGAUUGCUGCAUCUUAUACAAGAAAUCCCAGAAAAGAUUCCACUGGAGGAGCAGCAAGUCACAGCUAUCUAUUCUAAUCUUGGUAUUGGUGUUGCCAAAGUGAAUCCGGACGCAUUCGAUGGUCUUUUCUAUGGGGUUUCUACGGAACCAAUGAACCAAGAAGAAAAACAAUGAUAUACGACUUACCAAAUCCCGACCAACAAGAAGCAGAUGCGAAGAUCAUGGCAUCUAUUUCAUUACCAAGGAGUUUAUUAAAACAUCUGAAAGACGAAGAAAGGUCAUCCGUUUCGCGGAUAACUUUUUUCUCCAUGCGGGACGAUAAGCUAUAUAGGGUAACACAAAACUCCAGUGCCAAAGGAAAUACUGAAAUUAACAGCCAUGUACUUGCUACAAGUAUCCCGAACAUUUCAAUAAGCAACCUUGAUGAACCAAUUAAUAUAUCCUUCAAUUUAAUAAACCAGAAUGCUAACAAACCACAAUGUGUUUACUGGGAUGAAAGCUCGGGAUUGGAUCCCCAUUGGUCCCUAAACGGCUGCAAUGUGUCCAAUUAUAUACCUGGAAAAGAAGUAACUUGUUCCUGUGACCGUCUUAAAAGUUUUGCCGUACUAAUGGAUGUCUACCAAAAGGAAGGAGAGAAAGAAAAUGCAAAUUACUUGUCUAUUGUAUCCAACGCUGGCUUUGGAAUUUCAUUCGUCUGUCUUGUUUUUACAAUAAUAAUUCAUGUUUGUUUCAGGUAAGUAUUUCAAUUUCUAUUUUCUUUUAUAAAUUGUUCAAAUACAGAGAAACAACAUCUGUCAGUUCGUGGGGUUUUCACAGGCUGAUCAGAUCGAUGCAGGUCGAGGAAAGAAUUCCAGAAUAUUGUCACUUUGAUGAAGAGUAACUGGAUAAAUAUUAUAGAGAAGAAUAUUUAAGUGACACACUGUAAUGAUGACACGAGAUAAAGGAGUGGGGGGGCGGAAUAAUCUAUCUCGUGUGUUUAAGUAGAAUUAAUUUAUAGCUUUGCAAUUCAGAAAAAGUAGAGGAAAAGAGUAGUGACAGAAGUGACUCCGUCUCUACUACUACUACUACUACUACUACUACUACUACUACUACUACACUACUACCACCACCACUACUACUACUACUACUACUACUACUACUACUACUACUACUACUACUACUACUACUUGCAGUCGUUAAAUUAUUUUCACAUAUUUGAUUCCAAAGUUGUGUCAUUUUUCUGGCAUAUUCCUUUGUAUCUUUUAUUCGUCUAAUCCUACCCAGAUUAGUCGUCUAAUCCCACUCAGUAACCAAAUUCAGAAUCAUACCAAGCUCUCACCAAUACGGUGUUAGACUUUAUGAAGAAACCAGGUAUUACCGCUUAACCUCCCACUUUUAGACAAAAACACAAUGGACGUGGUCAUUUAGUAUGCUAGAUACAGCAUGAAUCCAGAGAUCAAGUUGGCUUGUUCUAAGGCCUGUAGCAUAACAAAUAUCCGUUUCAACAAAUUCACAACUGAUAAUUUCAUUAUAUUUUGAAUUAAGCCAGUAUCUCUGAAAAUUUCCUUUUAUGGAAAACGUAUGCAUUUAACAAAUUCUAAAUGGAGAUAGGUGGAAUAGGUCUUAAAAUGAUUUUUCUAAAAUAAUUGUAUUCUACAUCAAUCAAAAUAACUUCCAGGUUAAUCGCAAUCUACGUCACCUGAAAUUUAUUUGAAUAAAAUUUUAUUUAAAAAUAUCUACUUUCUUGGAAGUUAUGAAGAAGGCAAGGCGUGAGAAAUACUCAUUUGAAAGACAAUAAGACAAGUGUAUAUUUGGUGAAAUCAAGUAAAUUACAAUCAUUUUUCCUAUUCGGGUUUUUAAUUCCUUCAACAAAUAUAAAAGGAUAUUGUCAGUGAUAUAGUUUCGCUGACGCCUGAUUAAGCUUGUAAUUUGAAAAAUGCUGUUGCUGAUAUGUCUGUAGAAAGUAGAUUUGCAAAUAAUUUGGGUAUCUUUUAUAUUUCCGCAGUUAAAAAAAGGCCUUAAAAACCUCCAUCCGGCAACGUGACGCAGUGAAAAAAAGCAGAAAUUUCCAUCAAUAAAAUAAAUCUAGGAACGACAUUUUGAUACAUACGUCAACAUUCAAAUUGCUUUCUUUAGUAACAGUUACAUAUCCUCAGCUAAUAAAUAAGCUGCUUUAUUAAAGUAGAGAAGUUGAUCUUUGGAUUUUUGGAGGGGAUGCGUGGGGAAGUUAGAGUGUCUUUGUGAAAUAAUAUUUGUCAUUCAGCUGGACGAACCACUUUUGUUUAUGGUAGAGAAUAUCUGCUUGUGUGAUGUGUAUGUGUGCGUGUGUGCUGUACCUUUGUUGUGUACAUACGUGUGUAUUUACGUGUGAGUGUGUGUGCGUAUAGCAGCAAACUCUUCCAUAGAUGUGAGCAGUACUCUAAUGAGGAACUAAAUUGAGAUUCCGAGAAUGUCUGCGGUUGCUUAAAACUGGCCAAUAUUUCCUAAACCUAAACAGAAAUCUGAAUAGAAAUCUAAGAAGCAGAAAUCUAAGUCUUCUGAAACACUAUCAUGAAUGGUCUAUUAUCAUCAUC